AUGAUGCCCUUCAAUCGAACAUUGAGUUCCGAGGAGCUGCAAGAGUUAAAUAAAUGGAUGUCCAAUUUGCAGAUAAAGCUCGACAAUCGCACCCGUCGCGAGCUCUCGGAUGUCGUGAACGUUGCUCAAAUAAUUAAGAAUUUCAAUUCGAAGCUGGUCGACAUGUGCUGUUACAAGUCGCACAGCAGCCUGGCCUUAAAGCUAGAAAACUGGGAGAUCUUUAACCACAAAGUGCUUCGUAAAUUGGGUCUGAAAUUGUCCCAUAACGACUUGACGCAGCUUGCCUCGGGCAGUCUGGCUGCAUUGAAGUGCCUGCUCUAUUAUUUAAUGACCUGGAAUCGAGAUGGACUAUCGCCAGUGAGUCCAUCCAAGAGGAUCUCAUCGACAGGGGGCAAGAAGAAAACCUCCGAGAGUUUAUCUGGUAGCACGGAGCUCGCUGCCGAGCAGAAAUCAAAUGAAAACGUUCACCUGGAUAUGCCAGAAGUUGGAAUGAGCGUGCCGUAUGCUAAAUAUAAGCAAGUGAUCCAGGAGAAUUACAAGAAGAAAAGAUACCUGAGCUCAAUAAGCCACAAGGCCAAGUAUCUGGAAAGCCUUAUGAUGGUAAAGGAGGACCGUAUCAAUUUUCUUUUGGAACGCAUCGCCGCUCUUGCCGCACUAGCAGAUCAUAAUGCUAAAAAUUGUAGUCAGGCCGAUUAG